AUGUCUCUAGAGGAUUAACCGAUGUAUUUUAAAACUUAGGAGUUCAAGCAAUUAUAGUAACUUCACAAUAUUUAGCUUGAGAAUAAACUUGGAUUUUACAUGAUACUCCAACUAAACAGUCAUUAAUACUACACAGAUGAAUCUAUCAAUGGCUUUCUACUAAUUGAUGUUUAUGAUUAGAACUCUCAGUUUACAAUUAAAGGAAACAUAAUCUUGCAAUUGAAAGGGACUAUAACUUUAGGAGAUUUUAUAAAUAAAGCAAUUGGGGCAAGUGAGAGUUCCAAAUUCGACCAAAGCUCAAAUCAAUAGAUAAAUGAGUCCAGGAAAAUAAGAUUCAUAAAUACUGAGGGAUCAGAUUCAAACAAGAGAUCCUUGUCUAAAAAUUCAUCAUUUAUCAAAGGAAAAGCUAAUUAGAGUAAUGUUUUCAAAGUCAGUCAGUAGAAGUAAAGCAUUUAAUUUUUAAAGACCUAAUAUAAGCUAUUCAAAGUAGAUAACUAACUAGGCAAAGGGCAAUUACAAAUACCCUUUAUCAUCAAGUUGGAGGACAGACUUCCUCCAUCAAUGAAAUUUCUCGAAAAGUAGUCUCUAUCAAUAGGAAUCUAGUAUCAAAUGAAGGUUCUAGUACCUGUUGUUUAGAAAUAAUUCUUCAUCAAUAAAUAGUAGAAAUGCUAGUAUCUAAAGCUUGAAAAGGAAAUCUAGAUUCUUAAGAUCUAUGAGAAAAAUAUUAAGAAAAAGGUUUCUAAUAAAUUAAACAAGCAAAACUAUGAAGAAGAUAGCAAAGCUUUGAGUUCUAUAAAACAAGGAGCAGUGCCCUCUUUAAAUUAAGAUUUGCACGUCAAUCUCAAUGAUCAAAGUGUUAGACUAUCUUCAGCUUCAAGUGUUUAAAUUUAAUGA